GUAAUCGAGGCACUUGAAUCUGGAAGGAACUGCCUUAUUGAGUCUCCCACGGGAACGGGGAAAACUCUUUCGCUGCUCUGCUCGUCUCUCGCUUGGCUGAAUAAGAGAAUAGUCGAUGUCGAGCUGGAUAGAUCAAAUAACUGUGAUCAACUUCGUUCUGAGCAACACGGUGAAGUUGAGAUUGAUGAUACUUUGCUCCGAGAGAAACCCUUCUCCAUGGUUUCUGCGUCUGAUCAAGCGGGAAAUGAUUCAGAGUCCAUUCUGCCCAAAGUAUACUACUGCACACGAACGCACAAGCAGAUUGCCCAAAUUGUUCGCGAGCUCCGUAAAACGAAAUAUCGGAAGGCCAAAAUGACCAUACUGAGUAGUCGCCAACACACGUGUAUCAAUCCUGCAGUUAAGAAGGCUUUAAGUAUCACCGAAGCCUGCCAGAAUUUGUUGCUGAAUGGAUUUUGUGAAUUUGAUCAGCCACGUAAAAAGAGUGAUUUGGUUCGAACCAUAAAUAGUUUGGACUCGAAAGGACCAUGGGACUUAGAGGACCUUGUAGAAUCCUUAUCCCAGGUCCCGUCUUGCCCGUAUUUUUGUUCCAGAAGGCUGGCUAAGACAGCCGAUAUAGUAUUUUGUCCAUACAGUUACUUGUUGGAUCCGAUUAAUCGCUCGGCUACCAACUUAGAUCUCAAGGGUCACGUGGUUAUAUUGGACGAAGCGCAUAAUAUCGAAGACGCUUCGCGGGAGGCUGCUUCUUUCAAAAUUACGGAGCAUCAGCUGAUAACCACGAAGGAUGAUUUGGGAAAUCUAUUACGGAAAAACAUUGAACCUGAAUCAUGCACGGAUCUGAUUACAAUGCUGGAAGGCAUGCUUCGAGUAAUGCAGCUUACGCGCACCCGCCUCGUUCAUGCUGGCGAGUCUGCUCAACCGACCCAAGUGUGGACUGGUCAAGAAAUAUCAGGGAUUCUUUCGACUGUCGGACUGGGGCCAGAAAAAGUUACAAGAAUGGAGCUGGAAGGCAUGCUUCGAGUAAUGCAGCUUACGCGCACCCGCCUCGUUCAUGCUGGCGAGUCUGCUCAACCGACCCAAGUGUGGACUGGUCAAGAAAUAUCAGGGAUUCUUUCGACUGUCGGACUGGGGCCAGAAAAAGUUACAAGAAUGGAGAUGGCGUACCGCAAAUUGUCCGCGUACACAUCAGACAGCACUGAAUGGACAGAUCGAAAUGGCCGUCCUGAGGGAACUGAACAACCGAAGCUAGCCUCAAGCAGUCUUCAUUUGUUUGAAGCACUAUUCGUCGCCCUACGUUACAUGUUCAGAGAUGAUUCGAAACAUUUGGCUGACUACCGAUUUGUUCUAAUGGAGACAAUCAACUAUGAGCGACAAGCAACUGAUUCCUCGGCAGAAAAGGAUAAUUCGUUGAACUCGUGGCUCAGCAAGAGGUCUGCUAAGUCGCGAUAUGUGGAGGCCCGUGAGUUGAGUCUCAAUUUUUGGUGCCUCAAUCCUUCGGUCGUAUUUUCCGAUCUCGCCUCUGAGGUCCGCUGCUUGAUUCUGGUGAGUGGAACCCUAUCGCCGCUUGAAGCACUAGAAGCAGAGCUGGGUGUGGCAUUCCCUAUUCGAUUGGAAGCCGCUCACGUCAUUCCCAAGGAUCGUCUGCUUGUGAGUACUUUGUCCCACGGUCCUGGGGGCACUCGUCUAUGUGCCACCUUCCAAAACCAAAACACAUUCGGCUUUCAGGACGAGCUGGGCAGUCUUCUACUUCAGGCCUGUCGACUGGUACCAGGCGGUGUCUUGUGCUUCCUUCCUUCCUACAGUCUCCUAGACAAGUUGGUUCAGCGCUGGAAAACCACGGACCUUCUCUCUCAGCUACGGAAGGUCAAACAUGUCAUGCUGGAACCACGUUCCUCGGUCGGUUUGGAUUCUUGGCUAGCUGAAUUUUAUGCAGCUGUCGAUCAAUCCGUCAUGUCGCUGUCACGAAGUCCACGACGCCCAAUUAGUACAUCCUCGGCUGCCAGUCAGUACCAUUCGCAUUCCUCCCAGAUUACCGGGGCUUUGGUAUUGGCUGUAUGUCGUGGGAAGGUCAGUGAAGGUUUAGACUUUGCAGAUGCCUACGGUCGACUUGUUAUCGCCGUGGGUAUUCCGUAUCCGGCCUUCAAUAACCCACAAGUCCAGCAGAAGCGCGAGUUCAACGAUCGUGCUAAUAAAUCCGCGGGCACUUUACCUACUUCUCCCAAGAUGGGUUCACCUACGAACGCUUCUUCUUCCACGCCUCCACUAUCCAAUCCACGAAUCACUCGUGUACUGACGGGUUCAGAAUGGUACGAUGCACAGGCAUAUCGUGCUCUCAACCAGGCCUUAGGGCGCUGUAUUCGGCAUCUGAAUGAUUGGGGUGCCAUACUCCUCGUGGACGCUCGAUUUGUGGAACAACCUUCCAGAUACUUGGCUGGAAUCAGUCGAUGGAUCCGUUCGCGGUUUCCCGUAUUACCUCUAACUUACACCCUAUCCGCUUAUUUUGACAGCGCUACUUUGCACACCCAGUGGUCCACUCUCGCUUCGGAUUUGGAACAGUUUGUUGCCAGUCACCAGGCUGUGAUGAAAGUCGAAGCUGAAGCAAAUGAACUUCAUGAAAUCUUUGACUAG